AUGGACAGAGGGUGCAAAAUUCACCUAUUUCUUUUUUUCCUUUUUUUCAAUCGUUCUGGGCAUCCAUUUAGGAAGGGGGCAUUGGCGUUUUGGAGAGCAAAAACUGUGUCCCAUUCCGAAAAAAGGGAGGACAAGCAAACAGUUGCCGUCAUGGGAGCAGGAGAAGAAGGCUGGAUCAAAGCAGGCAAAGUUGCUAGACAAACAACAGGAACAAAGGGGGAUGGGAGGGGGGAUCACAGAUACAAGGUUACUGCAUCGUAA